GACGUAUGCUACGCGUAUUCGAUCGGAAAUCUUUAGCGGAGUGAUUUUAUUCGAUUAUUUCGUGAUGUCGUGCCCCGUAAAAUAAAAGAAAUUUACUGUUCAAAAUCAGCUGCAAUAUUAGUGUAAUUCGCCAGACGUUCGGAUGGCGUGCUUCCGGCAAUCGAUGUAAUUGUCCGUGAUAAGUUGUGUAAAGAGAAGAAAAAAAUUACGGAAGGGAACGGUGCGGAGCUUUAUUUUUUCUUGUGCACGGGUUGAAGGUGAAGGUGUUUUUUGCUCCGGCGAAUGUUCAGGGAAGGGAUCCGUCUUGUUAAAUGCGUUAAGCUAUAGUUUAGUGCUAUCAGUUCGCUGGGAAACGCGGAUUAAACAAAGGUUUUUACGGCGCUGAAGAGGAAUGUCCAUUGGAAACAAUGGUGUCGAUCAUCAAAAAUCAAUUGCUGAAGCAUCUCUCACGCUACACCAAAAAUCUAUCGCCGGACAAGGUGAACCUGAGUGCGUUCCGAGGCGAGGGUGAGCUCUCGAACCUGCAGCUGGACGAGAAUGUGCUCACCGAUCUGCUGGAGCUGCCCGGAUGGCUGCGCCUUACCUCGGCCUGGUGCAAUCACGUGUCUUUCCGAAUAUCGUGGACCAAGCUGAAAAGCACCCCCAUCACCCUGACACUCGAUGAAGUGAAUAUCACAAUCGAAACAUGUGAAACAGCACGCAGUGGUACCCCAACGACUGGAUUUUCCAGUUUAGCAGUACCCCAAGGGAAGUACAGCUACAUACACAAAAUUAUCGAUGGGAUUACAAUCGUUGUGAAUACGGUCAAUGUGAACCUGAAAAGCCCUGCCUUCACCGCCUCUGUUCAGAUGUCAAGGAUCAGGGUUGAGUCCCGCACGCCGAAAUGGCUACUGGGUGAUCUAAGAGUGACGCGGCUGAAAGAUCCGACUCGCGGUUUGAUAUUGAUAUUCAAGGAACUAUCCUGGCAAACCGUACGUAUAGAAGCUAGCUCUACUCAGGACCAAAAUUUAACACCGUUGCGUUUGAUAACGAAUCAAGCGCGCUGUAGGAUUAUUAUCAAGAAAAAGUUGUCGGAUUGUAGUAUAGUAGCUAGUAGAUUAAUUUUAAUAUUAGACGAUUUGUUGUGGGUUCUGACCGAUUCCCAGCUUAAGGCAGCGCUUCAUUUUGUUGACUCCUUGACCGGACUAAUAAAAGCCUCGACCAAUGUGGUGCAAAGAGUGAAAGCCCAGAAAAAACUUGAGACACUUCCGGAGUACCAGGCUCAACUUGCACAGUCAUCGAAGGUUCCGGACGUGCAACAAUUGACGGCAGCCCAGCGAUAUUUCAAUAUUUACGACGUUCGGGAGACAUCUUAUCAUUUCUUUAGUCAGCGGAUUGAUCUGCAUCUUUGUGACGAUCCUGGCAUCGGUCGGUCUAGUCAUCCUAAUCUGAAGGACGGUGGAGCUCUUCAAAUAUCGGUCCAUGGAUUCCAAGUUGACUACUAUCCGUAUCACCUAGCCAAAGCCGACAGAUCCCAUUGGCCCAAGUAUAAAGAAGCUUCAGUUCCACCGGCUCUUUGGCUGGAACAAUCUCUCAACGCCUUCCGUGAAUCGAUUCUAAACUUGUGUGAACCGAAUAGACCGUCACCGCACCCCAGUUUGGAAAGAACCACAAAUUUCAGUCAGCAAACCUCUCCUAGUCAGCCACGUAAUCCUGGGGCGUCGGGUUCUAGCGUUCCGAACACACCCGGCUCUCAACCGGAACCGGGAAUAUCCUCCGUGAACAAACUUGUGCUAGACAAUCUGACAAAACUAAUGUGCGUUUGUGUAAUCAUGAAGGUCGAGGAAUUUUCCUUGUAUCGCGUAACUACAUCCGGUAAUAAGCAAAUGCCCAAAGAGUUCAUCACAGCACUGGGCAAAAGGAAAAAAGGGGAUCGAGAUCGUUACUCCCUGCCACCGGAUAUGCCAACAUUGCAUGCUGAGUUUACCUACUUUUACUAUCCCGGAGACUUCGUAUUCCCAUUGCCUCCAUCCAAAGCAUUCGUUCAUAUCAAUCCUGUACAAAUCAACUUCGAUUUGGAUAGCUGCCUUUGGUUUAGUUCCUUCGUACUCAACCUACACGAGAGUCUGCUGAGGACUAACAACGUUGUUAGUAGUUUAAGUUCCCCCUCAACGCCCUCGAGCGGCCACGCUGCAGAAAGGCAGCCGGAUAUGAUGUACAUGGAUGUGAAAGUUGAAGUGAUAAUGCCCCGUGUGAUUUUCGAAGCCUCGUCUUCUGCUCCUCAACAACGGGACAGACCAAAAGCAAUGCAUGUUCAGGUGUCGCGGUUUGCGCUAACCAAUAUUCGAGAAAUGGGAGCAUCCCGUGCGGACCUAGCUCAAGCCAUAUCGUCCUUGCAGGAGGGAAGUCUCGUUUUCGGAUCGGGUUUCCCAUCGAAACCCGGAGAUUUAUGUAUAGUCACGGAUCGAAUACUUUCCCACAUCGCAGCCACGGAUGUCACGAUGGCACCACCAAUAUCCCCAGAGAUGCAAGGUUCGUUGAAAUAUCUGACGCGUUAUGCGAUGUGGAGAGAACCGCGAGAUGUAUGGUGUCUGAAGCUUGAUCCAGUUUGGGUGGAUUUUUAUGGGGCUCGAUCGGUGGGUCCCAAUCGAGCGAUUCCAUUUGUGGACGCAGUCCCGGUGACCAUUUGGCUUCAUGGGAAAUCCGUUUUCGAUAUACUUGAGACCAAAAUGAAUGACGAAACAAUUGAUGAGUUGAACAGUGAAGUCAGCGGCAGCAAACGACAUAGCAAUAACUCGUACUCAAUCAAAUCAAACGAAAGUCUUAUUUUAUCUAUCAGUAAUCUUAAACAAUCACUAGAUCUAGAUCCGUUAAAUAAAAUUCGCUAUCCACCGGAUAGCAGUGAUAGUAGUUCGUCUAAUCGCAGCUCCACGUGUCAUCCUUCCAACUUCGCCGACAAUGUUAAAAAGAAACCGGCUGAAACGAAUAGCGUCCUUCCUCCUGGCAUACCCGUAGAUAGCGAAGUUCAAAAUUCAGACAAAACUGCUGACCUACACGUGAUCGCACAUGUUUCCAACCUAGUUAGCGUGCAAAUAGAUCAUUACCAAUACCUGUUUCUUCUACGAUUGGCCGAAGAACUUACCGAACUGGCAACGUUCCUUUCGCUGGAUUCUAAACGUAUUCUGCAGGCGGCAAAUGUGGAGAAAUCGAUAGUUGUUGGCUGCGUGAUACCACAGGUGGAAGUUUCACUGGUGAUGCCUUCUCAAACACCCGGAAAGGAAUCGAGCGGUGGAGAUGGAGAAAGCGUUCUACCCGAUUCCGCCAGUUUAGGUGACGAUCUUUUAACUAAUGGUUCCGGCUGGCCUAAUUCUAUGGAUCAAACAAGAAAUUCCAACAUAUUUAGCAGCACUGAAUGUCCCUCCCCUCCACCGGAAGCUCAAAUGGCAAUACCCUUUAAUCACCAACCGGUUCCAAAUACGCACGGCCACAAUGUUCAAAUUCAAAGCGUUCCAACUACUUCAUCCACUUCUGGCGUUAUUUCGGCCGAGACACCUUCAUCAUCUUCGAUUGCGCCAUCGAAACCGUCGCAACAACAACAAUCAUCAUCAUCAUCAUCGCAACCGAAAAAUCGUGGCUCCGGAACGGAUUCGUCAACGUUUUCUAAGGAAAUCAACUCGGGUUUGAGUUCCAUGAAGAAAGGAUUUUCCCAUUUCAUGACAUCGAUCGACUCUGCCCUAAAGUCCAACAUGUCGGACGAUGUGAGCGAUACCCUUUCCGUCCAAUCGGACCUAAGCUCUGAUUCGGAGAACUAUCUAAUGAUGCUGGGCGAUUCGGAGAAAACGGCAGACUGUAUGGACGUAAUGUUUAAACUGAAUCCGUUCAGCAAUGAUAACAGUAUCAAAGUGGCACCGAUUGAAGUGGCCAGCGAAGUUUGCGAAGAUCCGUACUUAACGAACAUGUCUUCACCGUCCGAACCCUCGGAGGCCAGUAGCCUUCGGAGAAGAGAUUUAGUUUCGAUGGUCACCUUUAGGCUAACAACGGUUGAAGUUAUUCGGCAGAAUGUGGGUAAUCUGUCAUCGAUUCGACUUCAAGUUGCUGCUAUCGGCUGCGAUGAGUGUGGCGCAAUUCCGUGGGACGAGUUUCAGAAUGGCCAGCAUAAAUCCAAGACGAAAUUUGGAACUAGAUGUAGAGCAUGGAACGUAGCACCGCAUAAUCCGGAAGCACCGCCUAGUGUUGCGAUUAGAUUAGAGGAAGAUCUCACCCUACCGGCAGACUCAUUCAACAUCACAGACAAGAAAGCUAUUCAGAGCUGGUUUAAACGAAAGCUGAACGUCGAAGUGAAGAAUAUCAGUCUUCAACUGUCGAUGAGCACCGUUGUCGGGCUAGGAGAUCUAGCCGAGGAUGAAGUCAUUCCAACGCCGAUUCCGAUGGAAGUAAUGGUGGAAAAUGUUAGAAUCAACCUUAUCGAAGAUAGACCACCGGUCAACAUCACCUCACCGGGAACGCUUCCGAUAAAUGCCGUCAUCGGUCGAAUGUUCAUUACCCGCGAUGCGGCUGGCGUAUUUUACUUGCAACCAAUCGAUAAGACUGGCACAUCCGGUGCCGGUGGUACAGGUCAGAAACCGGAAACGGAAGGACGUAAAGAAAGGGACCGGGAAGUGCUGUCACUGCAGCUCGUAAUGCAGCAGCUCAAGCUGGACAACGAAAAUCUCCGUAAACAGAUUGAGAACAAUAUGAAGCUACGCCAGGAGAACGAAGUACUUCGAACUUAUCUGAAGGCCGCCCAAGACGAUGUUUCCACCUUGCUGGACGAAAAGCGGACGCAAAUGGACACAAUUCGAUCGUUGCAUAAUCAGCUGCAGUCCUUGAAUGCUUCGCAGCUUAAUUUGAGUGAUGGUAAAAGAUAGCAUAACUGCAUGGACUGCAUACAGUGCUGUGGCGAGAAUCCUUUCUAGUUGGGAACACCGACGAAAAUCGUCGCUCGGUUAAAACGGGGGGUGCGUUUUUCCUGGGAAGAUUUCCCAUCUUCCUCUGCAGACUAUCAUUCUGAUUUGUUUAAAUAUGCUCUCUCCAUCUGUCGAUUGCUUUUUCUCCUCCAUAAUUUUGACAAAAACAGACUUUCUCCUGUUCCAUCUAUCCUCCUCUGCUCAAGCUACGAUACACUGCGGUAAUCAUACGUAGACGAAGUUGGUGAUAUCGUCUCGUCUAUAGAACGCCAUCUCUCAGUAAAGCGAGUCAGGAAGUAUGAUCCUACAAAAGCACCGAUAAAGCAUAUUGUGAACAAAUCACCCACCGUUCGUAAGCCUGUAUGAAUAAGCAGUCCGUUGAAAAUCAUAGCUAUUAUAAGAAGCGUUGAUGUGUUUAUUAUCGUAAAUGUCAUCCCUUUUUACUUGUCUAAAGAUCAUCAUUCAUAAAUAGCAAAGCAAAAGGUUAUGACGACAAUAACCCAUGUUUUAAUUUUGUAUAAUCUACUUAAUUGAAACAACAUUUGCAUUGUAUAACAUACGUAAGAAAACGGUUUAAACUCAGUUUGUUAUAUGCAACAUGUUUCAGUGUUUUAAAACAUAGGUACGUGCAAUCCAAUUCUGACCUGUUGUUGCAUAUAGAUCCAAACUUUGUCAAAACUAAACAUAAUAAGCUCUGACUUUGAUCACUUGCGCACUGUAAAAAAAAGCUGAAGUAAUAGAUAACAAUUGAUUACACGGUUAGCUAUCUAUUUUACCACGCUACAAACUAGUUCUGACUUUCCGCACCAUCUACAUGCCUAUCUUUUCACAAAAGGACUACGUUCUACUUUCCAAAAGAGUUUUGCAAAUAGUAAUACAAAACUGUGUUCCCAUUGGCAGUGCAAAUAUAUUCUAUUUAAUAUCUAAAUGUAAAUCGCAAAAGUAUCACACAUUCAUUCCUUCCUUCCCAAUCAAAUAUUCUUGAAACUGAAUUGCUGUUUUAAAGACUUUCCUGCAUCAUUGAACAAUGAAAUAUAUAUUGAUCAACGACGAACCUGAUUUCGUUGAUUCCGUGCAAAACAUAGCAGAUAGUCAUUUCUUGUGAUAUUAAUUUUAGUUUGGAUAGCAAAGGCGUUUGAAAAACUAUGUCAGAACUUUAAAACGAACUGUAAUCAAGAACAGAAAACCUUAACAAAUAAAAAGUUAGUUAGAAGCAUAUCGCAUUGAUGAACGCUGUGGGAUUCUGAAGCCCGUGCCGCACCUAAAGCGCGGGUCCAGAACGGUUGAGAUGUUAAAAUUCUGAUAUGUAUAUCGUAACCCCAAACUACUGUGAAAAAUAUCUUGUUGUAGCUAGUUGUUACUUAACAAAAAAAAAAAACAAACAAACAAAUCUAGUUUGGCCAUAAAUUUCCAAGAAAAGUGAUUAGCGUAGCACAUUUGAAUUAUAUGCGUAUUAUUUUUAUUUGGGAAAUGUUAAUAAGGGUAAUUUCUAUUACAUUGUAACAUUGGUGGUACAUUUAAAGCAAAAAAUAAAAACAAAAUCAACUGGAGCAAGCAUGUACACGCAAAGCAUAUAACGAUACUAAAGCAAACAAAAAAAGUGACGUUCAACGGAUAUUUGAAGAGAUUUACCAAGAUUUAUAUAUUUACCUUAAUUAUUAUCAUUAUACCAAAACAAUCAUAAAAUAAACUAUUGAAAGAG